UGAAUCACAGAGAGGGUGUUCGGCGCAACCAUUUGGGCCAAAGAAUCAUUGGUAUUUGACUUGGGUAACCAAUGCAUUAUGUGUUGUUUUACUGUACCUAGUACUCUACUUUUUGCUGAAAAACGAGAUGCUACCAGGGGGUCAACUGCUUUCCUUGCUGGCUGUCAUUUUGUGCGCCUAUUUUGUUGGACAGGUGGUUAAACUCAUGCACCUUCCACCUCUAUUAGGAAUGCUUGUGACAGGCAUCAUCUUCAGAAAUACAGGUCUCUUCCACGCAGAUGGGGUUUAUCGAGAAGCAGUCUUAGUACUAAGGGAUGUUGCGCUUACAACAAUUCUAAUUAAAGCUGGUUUGGGUCUAGACCCAAAAGCUAUGAGGAAGUUAAGUAUGGUAGUGCUGGGUCUGUCUUUUGUCCCGUGUUUGGUUGAGGCAGCUGGAGUGGCGAUCUUCGCAUUUGUCAUUUUAGGAUUUCCCUGGGUGUGGGGAUUCUCGCUUGGAUUUGUACUGAGCGCAGUGAGUCCUGCCGUUGUAGUGCCGACGCUUCUGAAGCUUCAAAACGAGGGCUACGGCGAGUCCAAAGGAAUUGCGACAAUGGUCAUCGCCGCGUCAAGUCUUGAUGACGUUGUUGCCAUUUCGGCUUUUGGCCUUUGCCUCAGCUUGGUUCUGGAUGAGAAAGAUUCUAAUCUGGUUUUGAAGUUCAUCAAAGGCCCAGCCGAGGCUAUAGGAGGCUUAAUUAUAGGAACAUUGUGGGGCAUUUUGGUGGGAUAUCUUCCUCAUCAGAAAGAGCAAAUUCUCACCGUGCGGCGGGCUUUUUUGGUUGGCGCAGGAGGAUUGACUGCAGUUCUUGGAGCUCACCAUCUAGGAUAUCCAGGAGCUGGUCCACUGGUCAGCAUCACUGCCGCAUUUGUAGCCUGCAUUUGUUGGAAAAAUCAAGGAUACAGUGUUGAAUAUAAUCCUGUUGAAACUGUCUUCUCGGGGAUUUGGAAAAUUCUGCAGCCCACACUGUUCGGAUUAACGGGUGCAGAGAUUGACUUCAAUCAAAUACACGGUGCGACUAUACUGGAAGGCAUAGGCGUUCUUGCAGGCGGAUUAUUGUUCCGAGUUGUUGGCUGCUGUCUCGUACUAAUAUCGACAAAGCUGAAUUUUAAAGAAGUUGUUUUUGUGAAUAUUGCCUGGCUACCUAAAGCUACAGUACAA